AUGUCAACAAAGAUCGACGACUCAUUCGAGCUCUACGACCUCCGCGUAGAAGUUGUUUGUCCCCCAGGAGAACGAAUCCUUUGCGGAGCCAAAAAUGGGGAUUGCUUCACCUUGCAAGGCGAGAUGCUACAUUUACCUCCUGGUCAAGGCUUUAGCAUAUACAGCUUAUCAUCUGUACUCCCACUACUUGCAGCCAAACAACGAAAGACACACCCAAAUGAUUGGAUGCAAUCUGAUGCUCUGGUUGCAUGCCCUGAUCCGAAUUGCAAGUCUGUGUUGAGAAUUGUGAGGACUGGUUUGAGGACUUUCAGUCAUGCCGAGACGACUAUUGUGGGGUUGGAGGACAACAAUUAAGAGGAUUUGUAUGUGUGGUAUUGGACAUAAAAUGAGAAAUAGAAGUAGAAUAAACAAUGCAGUCGUUCUCGAACCC